AUGAAGCGAUCGAUCGUACAAGACUCGGAGACUCCAGCAAAGCCCAUCGACAAGAAGCAUCGCGUCUCCAGCGAAGCGGCCCCGCUCGACCAAGAGGCUAUUGACUCGUUCACUCGCGAUGGCUUCGUGUUGCUGCGUGAUGCUUUCUCGUCGUCCACCGCUGAGAAGUGUCGCGACUUGAUUUGGACGCGACUAGAGCAGGACGGUAUCACCAAGGAUCCGUCUACGUGGGUGGAGAGGCACGGCAUCCCAGAAUUGUACACGGCGGAGGACAACCCUGUGUGGAGUGACGUAGUGACUCCGCGUCUGAAGCGCGCCAUGCAUCAGAUCUGCGGCAAGGAUCGAUGGGAGAAUUUCGGGCUCGGGUGGUGGAUGAUCACGUUCCCGGAUCAGGCCGAGCCGCCGUGGGGCGCUGCCGGCAAGUGGCACGUGGACGGCGCGUCACAUCGGGCCGGGUGA